CGAUAAGCAAAGGUCCAAUCACAAGCCGAGUCUUCGUGUGUCGCUUUGUGGUGAGGAAUGUUUUGAUGCAGUUAGCAAAAAUGUUAGAGGGGUCGUUGAGCAACAGAAACAACUGCAGGGCUAUAUGUCUAUGAAUGUUUUGUCACAGUGUGGCUGUGUAUACGAGUUUUUUUAUACAUAUAUUUUUUUCCCCUAAGUGUUGUCGUUUGCAUCUGCUAGCAUCGUAUACGUCUGUUUUUAGCCAUAUGCUAGAUGGGAAUGCGUGUAUGCGCCAGCAACCAAUGUCGAGAAUGCGUUGGGCUUGCUUGAUAAUCUGAUACUCUUGUCCCAAACACUGUCCAGGUCAGGACGAAGCGAAAUGGACACCAUAGCCUCAUCACCGCGGUGACCGUAGCAACUGGAGUGCGCCACGUCCUGUCCACACGCACAGUCAUAAAGAACCCAACCCGUGGCUGUCUUUCUUUUCUAUGACACAACAAGUUUAUGCCCAAUUAGAUUCGGUGGAAUCUCUAUUGGACGAUAUCCCAUAUAUGUUUUAUCUGGGCUUGUUCUUUGUGAACGUCUUGAUCCUUUACUAUGCCUUUUUAAUGGAGUACAUCGUUCUGAAUGUAGGGAUAGUAUUUCUGCCUGAGGACAUGGACCAGGCGCUGGUGGACCUCGGAGUGCUCUCCGACCCGGCCUCUGUCCCCUACGACACGGACAUGGAGCUGGAUGUGUUCGAGGGAUAUAUUGAGUGACAUUACGGAACUGGAGGAAGGAGCAUCUUCCGAUGAUGAUGAUGCAGAAGUGCGGGACAGGUGGAGGCAGCGGGAUCCAUCCCUGACUGCUGAUGUGGAUGGGAAAUAUGCUGCUGUUGUUGCCUUCCUCUGACACAGAUGAAACUGUUAAAAAGGUGUCUCAGCUCAAACUAAGGUACCUGGAGGAGGAGCUAAAGCAAGGUGGCUGAAGGAUGACUGUCCCAUGGAAAGAGUGCACUUUGCACUGGAUCAGUUGUCCAUCGGUCCAGCUGACUCGGGCCAGACACCGGAGACAUCACACUGCGUUUGCGUCCCUCACUGUGAACACAACGAACAAUAAUAAGGAGGCACAGUGUGCUGCGGGUGGAGAGAGACGGCUGCUCACUGUGGAGUAGAACGGAGUGUUAUCAGACAUGUGGAGCAUGUGUAACCCUGGAUUUCCACUGGACGCGGAACGGCCGCGGAACGGCCGCGGCGCUGUUCUGCUUCGUCCUCUCCCAAACGUCAAUCCCCACCGGGCGCGUUACGGCAGCGGCGCGGAGCCUUGGGAGCCAGCGGUAUUGACGGAAGAUCGCGCGAUA